AUGUCUAGCUCAGGCCAGUACUCUGAGCUGGAAGUACAUGGAUUAAGCCUUCCAUGUGUAUUUCAUUUGCUUCGUGGACUACAGUUUCCUAAGAAGGAGAAUAUAAUUUAUAUCCUAGACAAAGAGAAGUAUGAAUGGGCCAGUUCAGCCCUUGGGAAAAAGAGGAGGAAGAAGAAGGAGCUCUAUUUUAGUUUCAUGGGAAAAAAUCCUAGAGCAAACCCACCCAGACUUCAUGAGUGCUCCUGGGUCCUGGAGGCACUGGGCUUUUUGAAGAAUUGGCAGCUGGAACGGGUUAGCCUGGAGGCAGUUAGACUGUCCUUCUGUAACCUCAGAACAGCCAUGACCCGCAGGGAGACCCUUGAAGCAGUCAAGCACAGAUCCUCGAGGAAGAGUUUUUGAAUAAAUGAAGUGGUUCUGAGUGGCCAUGUUGUUGAAAUGAUUGCACUUGAUAAAAAAAAAUCGGAUAUGUCAGAGGGCUGGGUUGGAAGACAAGGUAUCUGAGAAGUACCUUCUUCAACAGGUGUC